AUGUCUGACGCUGCAGCCCCCACCGACGUUUCCACCGGCGCCUCUGUCGCCGCUGCUGGCCAGGACCCCUCGACGAAGGAGGUUGCCGCUGAGACGGUCUCUUCGUCGUCCAAGGGGAAGGGCAAAGCCGUCGAGGAGGAGAAUGACAAUGACGACGAAGAUGACGAUGAUGACGACGACGACUCCGAUGACGAUGAGGACGAUGAUGAGGACGAUGAGGACAUCGAGCCAGAUGAAGUCGACCCCACCAACAUCUCCGCUCCUGGCAUCGGCAACCGUCCCACGCGCAGCCGCAAGCCCAUCGACUACUCGAGCGAGGAGGCGCAGAAGGCAGCUGGCUUCGACCCGGACCAGAGCGCCGAUGAUGAAGAUGAGGAUCAGGAAUUCAAGGGGGACACCUCGAUGGAUAGCUAAUCGUCUACCGGUCUUUCGCAGCUCGAUCUUAAUUUCUCGCUAUCCCUUACGCUGCGUUAUAUCACCCUCUGUCGAUCUGAUAUCGUGCCCCUCCUGACUGUCUGUCAUUCAUCAUCGCUCGAUCAAAAUCUCAUUGUCAAAUUGUACCAUCUC